AUAUCACUAUAACAGAAAGACUUAAUCGCUCCGGGAAGUCUUCAGAACCUUACAGCCAGUCUCCGUCACCAGGGAGCUCACUUCUUUCAGCUUUUCUGAGUGUUUCUAGGUGCAAAGUCCACUGUCACCAUGGCUGACGCUGAGGAAGUUGAACAGGUUGAAGAAGUUGAAGAGGAAGCCGCAGCCGAGGAGGUAGUAGAAGUAGAGGUGGCCCCAGAGGUGGCCCCUGAGGAAGAGGCUGAGGCAGAGGCAGCCCCUGAGGCUGAGCCGGAGCCUGAGCCAGAGGCCGAGCCGGAGCCAGAGCCUGAGCCUGAGCCUGAGCCAGAGCCAGAGCCAGUGGCCGAGCCAGAGCCAGAGCCCGAGCCUGAGCCUGAGCCAGAGCCAGAGCCAGUGGUGCAUGAGGAAGAGGCCUAUGAGGAGGAAGAAGAGAAGCCAAAAUUCAAACCCAGCGCGCCUAAGAUCCCAGACGGGGAGAAAGUGGACUUUGAUGACAUCCAGAAGAAGCGUCAGAACAAGGAUCUGGUCGAGCUGCAGGCGCUGAUCGAUGCUCACUUUGAGCAGAGGAAGAAGGAAGAGGAAGAGAUUAUCGCCCUCAAGGAGAGAAUUGAGAAGCGUAGGGCCGAGAGGGCCGAGCAGCAGAGGAUCCGGGCUGAGAAGGAUAAAGAGCGCCAGGCGAGACGUGAGGAGGAGAGGCUGAAGAGGGAGGAGGCUGAUGCUAAGAGGAAGGCUGAUGACGACGCCAAGAAGAAGUCAGCCCUGACCAGCAUGGGCUCAAACUACAGCAGCUAUCUUCAGAAGGCUGACCAAAAGAGAGGGAAGAAGCAGACUGAGAGAGAGAAGAAGAAGAAGAUCCUGGCUGAAAGACGCAAGCCUCUCAACAUUGACCAUCUGAAUGAGGACAAACUGAAGGAAAAGGCCAAGGAGCUGUGGGACUGGAUGCAUUCUCUGGAAGCUGAGAAGUUUGACCACAUGGAGAAACUGAAGAGGCAGAAGUAUGAGGUCAUCUCUCUCAGAAACCGCAUUGAUGAGCUGCAGAAACACAGCAAGAAGGGAGCCGCCGCCCGCCGCAGAAAGUAGGCCGUCUGCUGAAGAGGCCUCAGCCCCAGCGUGGCCCCAUCCCGCAGCCUGGAGCGCGGACCACUUCGGAAAGGGACAAUGGCCCCUCACGGCGACCCAGACUAUCACCAGAACCACGGCACGCAAACGACUCACAGUUCUCGACGUCUUUCCGUCUAAUCGGUGUUACGGUGUUACGUCCGCUUUAGCAGCUAUUAGCAGUUGUCUUAGAGAUAGCCUCAAUUGUGCCUUCUCACCCUGGACUGCUGUUUGGUUCUCAUUAUUUUUGUAAAUAAAGUGUGUGUCUCUUCUG